GUCACAGUAUUAGCCAUUGCCUGGGGUGCCUACGUUAUCAAGAUUUACGUUCUCGAUGACGAUCCUGAACCUAAUGAUAUCCUCUCUCCUGACACUUUCACCAAAUUCAAAGUAUUACAUAAAGAAAUCAUCGAUGAUAACCACAUGAUCAUUGAGAUUCAACCAACAACCACUGCCUGGCAAAUGCCAUAUAGCGGUGAUUAUGAAAACAAGUCAAUCUGGAAUGGAAGUCGUGGAAUUUGGAGUGUUGAUAUAAAGCAACCGGAAAUCAAUAUUGUGAGAAGGUAUACUCCUCUCCCAUUAUAUUUUAUGAAAUCGGAAUACACUAGAUCUGGUGAUAGACUGCCUUUGCUUAAAGUUAUAGAUCCUGAUAUUGACGAAUAUGAUAGAGAGGGUACCAUGUGUUUGUACAUUAAACGAUAUGACGAUGGCGAAGUUUCCAAAUAUAUCACUUCAAAAAAAAUAGGUGACACACUUGAAUUGAGAGGUCCUUACUUUGAAUUCAAGUUCCCCCGUCACCCAUUAAACUUGCACUAUUCAAGACCUAUCUUCAAGGAUAUCCCUUCAAAAGUGGAACCAGAAAAUUUUAGAUCGAGCAUAAUUCAACAAAAUGGACUUCCUGAUAUAGAUACAAUUGACUUUUAUGGCGGUGGAACCGGGAUUGCCCCAAUUUUACAAGUGCUCUUCUCGAGAAAGCCAUACUUGGGACAUGUAAAUGUUCAUUAUUCUACCAGAGGUGCAGAAGAACUUGGUCCUAGUUUAUCCAGAUUCUUAUUUUUCCUUGAUAAGUUAGAUAGAAUAAGACUAACCACCCACAUUGACAAAGUCAACCCAAUUACAAUCAAAGACAUUCCUACACCUGAGGAACCAACUUACUUGACUCCAAAAGCCCUUGAAAACCAUCCACUAAAAGAAACUCUUCAACCACAAAUCGAAGACAAAGAAGUAACUCCACCACGUAAAAUCAAAACUAAAGAAGAUCGCGGUGUGAGGUAUGACACUGCUUUAGAUCAAGCAAAUGUUACAAAGAAAGAGAAAAAGAAACCAGCUGCAUUCAGUCUUGUGUGUGGUCCAGAUGGAUACAUUGAAUAUUUGGCAGGCGGCAAACGGUUAGAUAUUGGUGAGCAAGGUGAAGUUAAAGGACUAUUAGGAAAGAAAGGUUGGAAUAGCUUAAAUGUCUUUAAGUUGUAAAGUGUACAUAUAGACCGCAUUUGUAUAUAGUAUAGAAGACUUACCGGUAUAUUAUAUCACUAUGUAGAUGUUAUUUCCUAAAACCACUAUCGAUUUAUGUGUUAUUCUGCAGCAUAACAUAAAGUUGGCAAGUUAUAACUAUAUAUUGAGGAAAGAAAUCAUUUGCAACCCACAUUACUCUUUCUUGGAAUAAAAGAGCCAAGAAAUGACCAACCAUUACCAAAGCCCACCGGGGCACGAGUUUGUAGGUCCUGUCUUUGUCGCUGGUUCACUGAAUUUACCCCCUGCUUAUGCAGCACCAGCAAUAGAAUUAACGAAAUUACCCCCUGCGGCAGUAAGGAUACCCCAGCCUCAACCCAAGCCUCAACCUCAGCCCCAGUCUGAAUCUUCAUGUAUGCGUCAGAAUACAACAAAUUAUGACGAAGGAAUGCUCGGUACCUGUUGUGGGAUAUUCAUUGGCAUCAUUGGGAUUUCAGUUAUCCUCAUGACCCUUAUAAUUCCCUUAUUUUACUUGCUUGGCAAAUUUGCUUAUCGAUUUUAUACGGACUUCAUAUGGCAUUAAAGUGAAAAUUGCCUGUUAUAAUUACUAGCUUGUCCUAUGG